CCGGGGCUGGAGUGCGGUACCUGAGCGAGACGCGCACCAGAAAGCCCACGUUGGCCGCUGCGGGGAGCGCAGCUCCGAGAGGCGGGAGUCUGCGAAUUCUCGCGCCGACGCCGCGGUCGCUGCUCUGCGCGCGGGUCCAGUUCCCUCCCAUUCCCUCUGCGGGCGGUGUUUGCGGGGCAGCCGGGAGAGCUCAGAACGGAAAGCAAGAUCCUUGCCUCCUCUGCUUGGGGGGUCGAGCGGCGCGCGGAGAUUUUGAGGGGGGCAGCGACAGUGCCCGAGGGCGGAGGGCGCGGAGUUUGUGAGCGGGAAGGAAGUUAAGCCUCGCGGAGAAGACUGGCAUCUCGGGACGCCUUGUCGCCACAGCCUGGGCCCCACGGCGGAGUAAACUUCACUGCGGCUGUGCCAGCCAAGGAGAGGCGUGCGCGGGGAUGAUGCCGGGCAUCCCCCCCAGCUGGUGAGCCGCCCGGUCGCCCCAGGUCCCACACAGCCGCCCCGGAGGGCGCGGGACAGCGCACGUGCGCGGGGCAGCGAGGCCCGAGAGUGACCGCGCCGUGACCCGCCCAGGGGCCAGGGCUCGGGCUGCAGCGCAGUCCCGACUCGGACGCACCUGGCCCGGACCUUGCGCCUCCAGAGACCUGAGCCGGAGUGUGGGGCUCCCCUCCAAGUGGUUCUCCGGGUGAUUGUCCUCUUCGCCUCCCCUCCAGCCUGGGCAAUUGGGGGCGCCCCAGAGGACGAUGAGAGAUAAGGACUGAGGGCCAGGAAGGGGAAGCGAGCCCGCCGAGAGGUGGCGGGGGCUGCUCACGCUAAGGGCCACAGCGGCAGCGCUCCGGCCUCGCACCGCCGCUCCACGCCUCGCGGGGCCCGCGGGGCCAGCCCGGCCGGACGGGGAUGCUGGGGCGGAGGGCGCAGUGGCUGUGCUGGUGGUGGGGGCUGCUGUGCAGCUGCUGCGGCCCCCCGCCGCUGCGGCCCCCCCUGCCCGCCGCCGCCGCUGCCGCCGGCGGGGGGGCGCUGCUGGGGGACGGCGGGAGCCCGGGCCACGCGGAGCAGCCGCCGCCGCCGCCGCAGUCCUCCUCGGGCUUCCUCUACCGGCGGCUCAAGACGCACGAGAAGCGCGAGAUGCAGAAGGAGAUCCUCUCCGUGCUGGGGCUCCCGCACCGGCCCCGGCCCCUGCACGGCCUCCAGCAGCCGCAGCCCGCUGCGCUCCCGCAGGAGCAGCCUCGCGGGGAGCCCCCUCCCGGGCGGCUGAAGUCUGCGCCCCUCUUCAUGCUGGAUCUGUACAACGCCCUGGCAGCCGACGACGAUGAGGACUGGGCGUCGGACGAGGAGAGGCGGCAGCCCGGGCCCCGAGGAGGGGCCGGCUCGUCCCAGCCCCGGCAGCCGCCCCCCGGCGCGGCGCACCCGGUCAACGGCAAGAGCCUCCUGGCCUCGGGACCCGGCGGCGGCACGUCCCCACUGACCAGUGCGCAGGACAGCGCCUUCCUCAACGACGCGGACAUGGUCAUGAGCUUUGUGAACCUGGUGGAGCACGAGAAGGAGUUCUCCCCUGGCCAGCGAUACCACAAAGAGUUCAAGUUCAACUUAUCCCAGAUUCCUGAGGGUGAGGCGGUGACGGCGGCAGAAUUCCGAAUCUACAAGGACUGUGUUGUGGGGAGUUUUAAAAACCAAACUUUUCUUAUCAGCAUUUAUCAAGUCUUGCAGGAGCAUCAGCACAGAGACUCUGACCUAUUUUUGUUGGACACCCGCAUGGUGUGGGCCUCAGAAGAAGGCUGGCUGGAAUUUGACAUCACAGCCACUAGCAACCUGUGGGUCGUGACUCCACAGCACAACAUGGGGCUUCAGCUGAGCGUGGUGACUCGGGAUGGACUCAACAUCAACCCCCGAGCCGCAGGCCUGGUGGGCAGAGACGGCCCUUAUGACAAGCAGCCCUUCAUGGUGGCCUUCUUCAAAGUGAGUGAGGUCCAUGUGCGCACCACGAGGUCAGCCCCUGGGCGGCGCCGACAGCAGAGCCGCAAUCGCUCCACCCAGUCGCAGGACGUGUCGCGGGUCUCCAGCGCUUCAGAUUAUAACAGCAGUGAGUUGAAAACAGCCUGCAGGAAACAUGAGCUUUACGUGAGCUUCCAAGACCUGGGAUGGCAGGACUGGAUCAUCGCACCCAAGGGCUAUGCUGCCAAUUACUGUGAUGGAGAAUGCUCCUUCCCACUCAACGCACACAUGAAUGCCACAAACCACGCGAUCGUGCAGACGCUGGUUCACCUUAUGAAUCCUGAGUAUGUCCCCAAACCGUGCUGUGCACCGACCAAACUGAAUGCCAUCUCGGUUCUUUACUUUGAUGACAACUCCAACGUCAUCUUGAAAAAAUACAGGAAUAUGGUCGUCAGAGCUUGUGGAUGCCACUAACUCAAAACCAGUUGCUGGGGACAGAUGCUGCCUUGGGUUCCCAGAUGACGUCUGCCUUAAAAACAUUCAGAAGCACAGCGAAGGGGGGAGGCGAGGCUUCGAAGCCGUUCAGUGCUGGUUGGUGCCUUACCGCCCACAGAAGAUUGUAAAGGGCCUCGUUAAUAAUUCGCUCACACAGUAAAUAACGUGAGUAGUUGUUGGUCUAUAGGAAAUGGAGUUUGGAUGUCUGCAGUAUGAAGUCUGGUUAACUAAAGAAACAUAACUUUGAAGUAUCUCCCCCCCCACACCCAACAAAAGAAGAGUCCACUGAAAUUAGUUUUAGCUUUAGAUCAAGCUAUUUGUGGCAUUAGUGUUAGUAAAUAGGGAAAAUAAUCUUAAAAGGAGUAUUCUCAGCUAAAGUAUCCACCCGUUCUGUAGUGUUUGUCGAAGGGAGACCUACAGAUAAUGGAAACUGGGGGGAAAUGCCUCUGUUCACAGAUUUCAUUCCCAGAAAAGUUGGUUUCAUGUAGGAUCAACAGCCUGGGUCGUCCCCAGGGCUGCGUGGAAGUGCCUUUUGUCUCCGUCACUGCCGUUAGCGUUUGUGCUGGAGUUCUGUUGGUGUGAAAAUAUACUUAUUUCGGUCCAACAAACCAUGUCAUUUCCACACCUCGGUCCCCUACCCCCACCCCAACAUUUGCUAUUUUCUCUGCUAACACCGUAAGUGGGGUGAGUUGGGCAUUGCGGUGAGGCUACAGGGGGCCAGAAGCAUUUUUGACAGCCGUCACUUUAACCGUGUAACAUGUGAAAGCCAUUCUGUGCCUCUUCUCUUCUGGAAUGGCUCUUGGAAAAGCACAUUAACUUCGGGAAUGUCGGCUUUAAUAGUUCACCUCAGUAAAAUGGCUGUCUGCCUUUUACUGGACAGCAUGCCGGGUCGCGGGGUUAGAAGCAACAAAGGAAACAAAAUGAGGAAGGAAGCCCCCAGCCGCUAGGAAUGGGAUGGGCAUGCCCUCAUGAACCCGAAUCCCAUUUUCUCUUGUAGAAAGUAAGACGCCGAUGAAAUCGUAGAAUGUUUUUAAAGUGUCUUUUUCACAAUCAUGUACUAGGAAGCCAAUUUCAUACUAAACUGAUUAAAUAAUACAUUUAUGAUCUAAAACUGCACUUACAGCUUUUUUGUAAAUAGAAACUAUAAUUUAUUGUCUAUUUUAUAUCUGUUUUGCUGUAACAUUUAAGGAAAGACCAGACUUUUUUUUCUUUUUUUAAAAGAGUUUAUUUAGAAAGUAUCAUAGUGUAAACAAAUUGUACCACUUGGAUUUUCUCUUAAUACAAGACUCAUGAUGCAAAGCUGAAGCCACUCAUGAGGAUUGUGCUUCUCUAGAAAGUUGGGGUUUUAAAAGAACAUCUGUGAACCAUACAUAAUUAAUAAAGAUUUCCUUUAAGGCA